UUGUUAUUCUGUUUUUAAUGUAUUUAUUUUCUCUGGCUGGCGCGACCUUUUUAAUAUUAUUACAUAUUCAUAAAUUGAAAUCCCUCUUUUCUAUUCAAAACUUUAUUAUUGUAUUUAUUUAUUUUAGAUUUUUCCUUCCAAAUAAAUUUAGGACAACUUUUAUUUAUUUUCAUUUCUUUUUCAACUAGCAAAUUUUUUCUUUUUUUUUUCUUAGCACAUUUUAAGUAAAAUAUUUUUAAAGGGGCAUUGGAUUGAGUUAUUUCCAGAUUUCCUC